GGCGUCUGACUGCGGCAGACUGAAAUAAACCGCUGAGCGAGACGCAGAGAGAGCUACACAGAGCCAGAACAACCACACGACAAAGAAUGGACAUCCAGACGGGUCAGGUGGUGCGUCCGCUGAGCGCCAUGGAGAGCAUGGAGCGGCAGCUGAGCUGCCCCAUCUGCCUGGACAUGUUCACCAAGCCCGUGGUCAUCCUGCCGUGCCAGCACAACCUGUGCCGCGGCUGCGCCAACGACCUCUACGAAUCCCGCAACCCGUACCACUACUCAGGCGGCACCUUCCGCUGCCCAACCUGCCGCUUCGAGGUGGUACUGGACCGCCACGGCGUGUUCGGGCUGCAGAGGAACCUGCUGGUCGAGAACAUCAUCGACAUCUACAAGCAGCAGCAGGAGAGCAAGGCGGGCGACGGGCCGGACGGCGAGGACGCCCCGCUGAAGGACACGGACGCCAAGCAGCCGCGUUGCUCGGAGCACGAGGAAGAGCGCAUCAACAUCUUCUGCAUCACCUGCCAGACGCCCACCUGCUCGCUGUGCAAGGUGUUCGGCCAGCACAAGGACUGCGAGGUGUCCCCGCUGCAUGCCGUGUACCAGAAACAGAAGGGCGAGCUGCGCUCGGCCGUGGAGUUGCUCGCCGCCGCCAACGCCUGCAUUCAGGCCACGAUGGCGCAGAUGGACGACACGUGUGCGCUGAUCCAGGAGAACGGUGAGCUGCAGCGCAGGCGCCUGGGCGAGAGCUUUGAUCUGCUGUUCGCCAUCCUGGAGGAGCGGAAAGGCGAGCUCCUGGAGCGCGUCAGCGGCGAGGAGCGGGACAAAGUGUCGGUGCUCAGGGCGCUGACGGAGACGUACAAGCAGCAGCUGCAGCUGGGCGUGCAGCUGCAGGAGCGGCUGACGCAGAGUCUGCAGGCGAACGGCGCCGCGGAGUUCCUGCUCGCCGCCAAGCAGCUGCAGGAGGAGGCGCGGCAAGCGGCGAGCGGAGCGGCCGCGCUGCAGAGGCCCGAGCCGGGCUACGAGAGCAUGGAGCACCUCAGCGUGGACACCAGUCAGGCUGAGGCGCUGCUCGCCGUCAUGGACUUCAGACACGGUGGCGAGGAGGCAGCGCGGGACGCAGACAGAGACUAAAACAUCAGAAAAGACUUAAAACAAACGCAGGACGCUGACACAAAGUUAAAGACUUUGCGAAUGAAAUCUGAGGGGUCCUCUAAGACGCUGGGAAGGUUUUUUUUAAAGAUAAUUUUUGGGGCUUUUCCGCCUUUAAUCGACAGGACAGCUAGGUGAGAAAGGGGAGAGAGAGAGGGGGAAGACAUGCAGGAAAUUGUCACAGGUCAGACUCGAACACUAGACCUCUGCGUCGAGGCAUAAGCAUCUCAGUAUACGUGCGCCUGCUCAACCCACUGAACCAACCCGGCCGUAGACGCUGGAAAGUUUGACCUUCCACAGAUGAGUCUGAUUAAAUCUGAAGUGAGAAGAUGAAUUCCCGUUGAAACGGCUCAUUAUAAAGACUUGAAGAGUGUUUCUGGUGGGAGGAAGAAGACCAGGAGGCCGACAGAAAGUAAGAAACACAGUAAGAAAAGACUUUAAUAGAACAGGGAGAGAUGUCAGAGGAAGCUGCUGCUGCUGCUUUUCCAGAAACUUGAGGAACUCUUGGAGGAAAACGUUGGAGGAGUCGUGUUAUAACUUUGGGGGAAAGUUUUUGUAUUUUAAUUUUUAUACUUUUUUAUUGUCGAAUUGUUCUUAAAGUCUGGAUAAAGUCCGGACUCUAGAGAGAGAUUUUAUUUGUUGUGUUCGGGACGUGUUUGUGUCUGUAAAACUGAGAACUUGAACUGCAGACUUGUGCACUGGAUUUCAGACUCUGCUGUAACUUUGAGAUGUAUUUUAAAACGUGUGAAUAAAGUUUUAGUUGACCGUUAA